CAGACGUUCAGGUGCUGAACGUUUCCAGCGCGCGGUCCCCAGAAGUUCUGGCCCUUCCUUGACCCCAGAUGUGCCCUCUUCGGGGCGAUUCCGUGGGUAGGGCGGACAUGUGCGCCCUAACUACUUUUCAAGUUCCUAUGCCGAUGGGUCCGCCCUGCGUUUCCAUCGCUGUUUCACAGAGUUGCGGACAUUUCCACAGGAGGAGGGCAGGGGCCGCCCUCCCGCCCGCGCGCGCGGCCCGCGCGCGAUAGUCCCUGGCUCCGGCCAGGUGGGCUUGCAUGCCUUCACGGGUCGCUGCUACCCAAGUGGCAACGGGCUGGGACUGAGUCCCGCGUGAACUCUUUCGACUUCGUCGUCCACCGCCUGGGGCGGGAUACAAGGCUGACAGUAGAUAUUUGUUCGAUAUUGUUGUGUGGUGUAGUUUCUUGUCGUGCUUCCCGAUCGCUGCAAUGGCGGGGGGGCAUACAUGGGCGCCAGGUACCAUGCUGGGAGGUGAAAGGAACGUUUCUCGUCGUCCCUUCAGCCCCCCUGCACAAGAUGGACGACGGUGUGCCCAUCGUGGAGAUGCACGACAUCGCGACACCAGAUACACCUGCGGAUGCAUUUGCGGCUGCACGACCGCCAGCAUUUGAGGAGAUUGCAAAAUCUCUCAGACAGGAGGUUCGGCCACCCCGGACAGCGAUUGUCAAGCUCGAGAGCCGUUUCGGUCAGUUCGAGGGUGCGUUUGGGUCACAGAUGAAGUCGGUGGAGGAGAGGGUCAGCAGCAUGGAGGAGAGGAUCGAGGAGACGGAUAUGCGCAUCACGAACAUCGAACGUCAUGUCGACGCGCAGGAUACGCACCGACCUGACCUGAGCGCCAAGGAGCUCUGGGACCAGAUCAAGGCGCUGAAGGUGGAGGUCUCGAUGCUGAAGUUUGCCCGCCCCGUGAACUCUGCGAGCUCCGAGGUGGCGAAAACGCUCGUGAUCGGCGGGCUGCAGACACUGGCCCCGUGAGAGGUGCAGACAUGGAUGAAGGCGAAGUUGUGGGGCGCGUGCGGCCCACAACCCGGCGACGUAUACCUGAAAAGCGAUGUUCGAAGAGUGGCUUUCGCCAAAUUCUCGAAUACCAGGGACCGCGACGAGGCGCUUCACCCAUGUCAGAAAGCACAUUUCAGAGAGGGGGGCAACCGCGCGUGGGCGAAACCAGACCAGACGCUGGAAAAGGGAGUCCUCAGUUCUUUCGCGUUCGGGUUGGAAUCCAUCUUCAAGAAUUGCGGGUUCGAGGCGACAUGAG